UAUUCUGCUGGCAGGAGGUUCGGCACGGUACACUCCAGAUCUCCAGCCCACUGUUCACAGUCAAUUUUUUGGGUUUCUAAAAGCGUUCGGUGCAUUUUGAAGCAAUUCCGAUACUCAUUUUGGCUUUCCCUUUUUUUCUGACGCUGUUUUAUGAUUAACGAAAUUUCACAUCUAAUUCUAGACACUGGUAUAAAAAUUCUUUACGCCGGGAAAAGGAGCACGACUGUUGUGGUGAUCGCGCUGUUUCCAAUGGGGUCGAUGCUGACGCUCGUACAUACCCAGUACUGCUAUAAUUUGCGGAAACGCUUUUUGGCGAUGAAGUGUCAUCCGUGACUCGUGAGCGUACUAAUUUUAUCAGCAGUCUGUCUGGGUGUUCAUUCAGUUGUCGGUUCUUUUGAUUUACUGUUCCAAUCUGUGAAUGUAAUCGCUGUAAUGUUAUGGAAAUUUAUGAUUUACCAAUCGGAAAUGCUUUUAUAUUACGAUUUGCAGUCAGCUAGAGCUGCUAGACGUUAAAUUAUGUGUGCUGUGUUGCUUCACCUCUUGCCCAUCCGACCGAGCAGGCUUAUUCGGUGUUAAAAUCUCCAUCUAUUAGGACCUGUCCAAACAACGAGGCCAUCUGCAAUCUAACAAGCGGGUGUAAUUAUUCGGAAAGCUGCCCAGAUCCCCGGAAAAAAUGAGCGGCCAUGGUUUGGAGGGGCAUGCGCAUUCGAUGAAAGAGGAAACCUACAGUAUUCACCACUGGCAGCCAUGGGUAUUCGCGUCGACAGCCAUUCUGGUCCUCAGUCUUGUCGGCCUCUUGGGAAUACUCCUUGUACCAGUUGUCAAUCGGGUGCUGUACAAUCAUCUUCUGCAGUUUCUUGUUGCGAUGGCUGCUGGAUCGCUGGCGGGGGAUGCACUUAUGCACUUGUUGCCGGAAGCACUGGGUCUUCAUGUGCAUGCUCCGUCGGCUGGGGCAGUGCAUAAUCAUGGCGAUAAUCAUCACCACCACGAUCAUGCGGAGAACGAUACAUUACAUAAUCACACACUGUCAUCCCCUGCCGUCGCGGCACAUACGCAUGAUGACGCAGCCAAAACGGCAGCGGUCUGGAAGUGCUGUGUGUGCUUUGCGGGCAUCUACAUAUUCUUCCUGAUUGAACGUCUGAUGGAGAUCUUCCGUGAGUACAAGCGCCGACGGGAAUUGGCCAGUGUGUCGCUGAGCCGUGUCACACACGACCCUCACGACCACCCCCACUGCCACACGCAUGUUGUCGGAUUCAAAUUCUCCGGAACGGCUGAUCAGUGCAUCCGCACAUGUGACGAUGAAAAUGGCAAAAAUGGCAUUUCUCGGAAUCCGGCUGAUAGCUUGGUUAUGGAGACCCUUUUGGAAAAGACCAAAAAAGAUUAUGCCGCGAACGAUGGACAUGAUCAUAGCACCCAUUCUAACCACAACCAUCAUGGUCAUUCCCAUGGACGAACAGCAUCUCCGGCUCCAACGAAUAUAGCAUCGGUCGCCUGGAUGGUUAUACUGGGCGAUGGAAUACACAAUCUAAUCGAUGGAUUGGCGGUUGGCGUGGCUUUCCGUACGGUUUCCGGCGGGAUGAGCACGUCACUGGCCGUUCUCCUACACGAAAUUCCCCACGAAUUGGGUGAUUUUGCGGUGUUGCUGAAAUCCGGCAUGAGCGUCCGUUUGGCUGUCUUCUACAACUUAGUCUCCAGUGUCAUCAGUUUUGUGGGCAUGUGCAUUGGUGUGGUACUGGGCCAGAGCCAUGACGCGACACCGUCGUGGAUUUUCGCUCUGGCUGCCGGUGGCUUCCUAUACAUCGCUCUUGUGGAUCUCCUGCCGGAGUUACGACCGGUGGAGGCGCGCCGCGAUGAAUCGCCACUGUGGCAUCUGGGACUGCAGAAUCUCGGAUUGUUGGUCGGUGUGGGCAUUAUGGUGGUGAUCGCCAGGUUUGAAGGGGACAUUGAAAGAGCCUUUGGAGCAUGAACGGGUUUGUGGUGCAGAUGGAAGCGGUGUGUAUUUGUUGCGUGAUCAGUUUUGGUAGCCCUUUUUUAUUGGAUAAUGUUCACUGGGGACGAUUUUUUUUAAAUGGGAGGGAAUUGUUGCGCUUGUCGAUUCUUUCAGUGGGUCGGCAGUUUGGCGAUCUUGAAGCAUUGGGUUUUUAUGAAUUGUCUUAAUUGUUAAUGUUACGGCCCUACGAAGAAUGUUGUUUUUGCUGCCAUGGAAUCGUGAUAAUAUUUGUGCACUAAUGAUUUGUUAUGUUAUUCACGGGAAAUUUUAACUAGACAGUGCUUACUAGAUACGGGGUAAAAUUGACCGAAUCAGUAUGUGUACAAGCAGAAUACUUGAUCGCGAUUUACGAUAUAUCACUACAAUACUUAAUGUUUAAAUGUGUUAACACGUUAUUUACGUAUUCUGUUAAUAACUUGAGCAGAAGGAGAAAAGUUGAUUAAACCGUUGCUUUUUAUGUUUUCUUUCUGGACUUCGGUUUCAGGGCGAUU